AUGGAAGAAGGCUCUCUCCACAUCGUUGUGUUCCCAUGGUUGGCCUUUGGCCACUUGCUGCCAUUCCUCGGCCUCUCCAAAUCUUUAGCCAAGAGGGGUGACCACAUCUCCUUCCUCUCCACCCCAAGAAACAUCCUCAGGCUCCCGAAACUCCCUCCCUCUCUAGCUCCACUCAUAGAGUUCAUUCCCAUUCGCCUGCCACCAUCCGACCACCUACCCAACAACGCCGAGGCCACCACCGACCUCCUGCCCGAUGAUGUCCAAUACCUCAAGAAGGCCUUCGAUGGCCUCGACCAACCGAUAGCCAAGUUUCUCGAGCAAGAGUCUCCAAAACCCGAUUGGAUCAUCCAAGACUUCACUCCAUACUGGUUGCCGCCGAUCGCCGCCAAGCUGCACAUCCCAUGCGCCAUGUUCAACACGUUCCCGGCUUACUUCAGCGCCUUCGUGUGGGGAGAGGACGGCGCGCGGAUGCGGGGGCCGCCCGAGCGGCUCACCGUGGUGCCCGAGUGGAUCCCCUUCCCGACGACAGCUGUUCUCCGCCUGUUCGAGGCCCGGCAGUUCGAUUACAUGCUGCAAGUUGAUGCUUCGGGGGUGUCGGCCGCCGACCGUUUCGAGAUGGUCGUCCGGCGGUGCAAGCUCAUGGCUCUACGAAGCUGCAUGGAAUUGGAUCGACAGGUGUUAAGCACCAUGUCGGAGCUUUUCAACAUGCCGGUCGUCCCGGUCGGCCUGCUUCCUCCUUCAGUCGACGAGGGAGGAGAGAAGAUUGCUAGCACUAGCAGCAUGAACAUUUUCCGGUGGCUGGAUAAACAGACUCCCCGGUCUGUUGUAUAUGUUUCUCUGGGGAGUGAGGCGACGCUGAGCUCCGAGCUUGUGCACGAGCUGGCCUUCGGGCUCGAGCUCUCUGGCCAGCCCUUCCUCUGGGCUCUCCGGAGGCCGGCCGGGAUGCCGAAAGAGGUGGAGCUUCUGCCGGAGGGGUUCGAGGACCGGAUCGCCGGCAAUGGGAUGGUUACCAUGGAUUGGGCUCCUCAAACUGAGAUUCUCGCACACGAGUCGGUGGGGGGCUUCUUGACGCACGGCGGCUGGGGCUCGCUCGUCGAAGGACUGGGAUUCGGGCACCCUCUCGUCUUCCUGCCGGUGUUCGGCGAUCAGCCGAUCAAUGCGCGGGUGAUGGUGGAGAAGGAAAUUGGCGUGGAAGUGCGGAGCGACGAGGAGGAUGGUUCCUUUAAGAGAGAUGCAGUGGCUCAGGCGCUGAGGUUGGUCAUGGUGGAAGAAGAGGGAAAGAAGAUUAGAAACGAAGCUAAUAAGAUGAAGCUGAUUUUCGGUAAUAAGGAGUUACAAGAAAGGUGCAUCGAUGAAUUUGUUCGGUACCUUAGAGAUCACAAAGAAAAGAAUUAA